ACAACAUGAAAACUGUUGCUGCCUUCUUGCUGGUGCUGUGUUACCUGGCUGGUAGUCAUGCAUGGAACUGCAGGGAGGGUCCACGGCUCAGUAGCAUUACACAGAUUGAUGCUGGACUGGGGAAAGUGGUCGCAGUAAACAGGUUCAAUCAGGCAUUUAUCCUUAUUGGAACAAGGUGGUACAGACUCAGCUCUGUCAGCCUCAAGCAUAUCUCAGUGGGACCUGCAGGAAUGUGGGGAGCCAGCAACACAAACAGAGUGUACAAGUCCGUAGCAGGAAACAUGCUACAAUCCAGUGGUCUGUCUCUGCAGCAGGUGGAUGCUGGUGGUGAUGGUCAGGUUGUUGGAGUAUCAGUUGGCGGACGUAGAACCCUCUGUCUGAGAGAGAGUUUUGCUUUGGCCUACAAGGGAGUGGGCUCCCUGAGCUGGAGUUCCCUGGGAAGGGCGAUGAGGUACUACAGCUGCAGCCCGAACAACGGCUGCUGGGGAGUCGACACGAGUUUCCGGGUCUACUUCACACAGAGAAUCGUACCAAGCAACUGUGGCAAAAGUGGAUGGAUAUACGUGGCAGGGCAAUCCAUGACAAUGAUUGAAGUGGGGACCGACGGAAGUGUUUUUGGAGUGAAUAGGAGUGGCCAGGUGUUCCAAAGAAUUGGCAUCUCCAGUCGUCGCCCCCAAGGAACAGCUUGGCGUUCUGUCCCAAUGUGCAUGUCCAUCCGCCACGUGAGCUACGACCUGGGCCGGCUCUGGGCCGUGACCACCUCUGGUUUGCUUACGCAGUGCACACACUAA